AUGCCUCGCUCGGCGGACGACCUGCUUCUGGUGGAAGUGCAAAACGGCAACAAGAGAGGCGUUGAGCGGUAUCUCGCAGCCGGCGCGAGCAUCGAUGGGUCUCCCCAUUCGGGGGAGGAGUUUCCACCCGUCGUGUUCGCUGCCGCCGUGGGCAGCGCCAGCAUGAUCAAGUUUCUGGUCGACAAGGGCGCGGACAUCAACUCCUCUACAUGGCGACCGGGGGCCUUCCCGAGCGGCUCGCGAGCGAUCCACGUCGCGGUCAGCUCCGGCUACGCCGGUGCGCUCGACGCCCUCCGGGAGCUAAUCAAGGCGGGCGCUGAUCUCAACGGGAGGAACUACCAGGGCUGCACCCCGCUCAUGAUGGCCUGCAGGGUAGACAAGGAGGGGGCCGAACGCGUUGAGUUGGCGAGGGAGCUGCUCAAGGCAGGGGUCGAUACCACUCUCGUGGACGCUGAUGGACGCGCGGCUCUGCACUAUGCGGCCUACUCUGGGAAUGAAGCCCUCAUCCAGGCACUCCUGUCGAAGGGGUCGCUGUCAACGCUAAACCUCGCCACGCAGGACGGAAAGACUCCCCUUUGCGUGGCCGUGGAAUUCGUCCACUGCGGCGUCGUGUCUCUCCUCUUGUCCGCUGGGGCGAGUCAAAGGGGCCUGCAGGAAGGGAACUACCCUUGCCCGUUCCGCAGCGCGGCCGCACUGGGGUACGAAAGCAUCUUGCGCAUCCUUUGUUCGGAGAGGGGAAUGGACGCCGUCGGUGGAGGCGCGGCCGUUCUUCCUAAUUCGCUCGCUUGCGCCACGAGAAGAGGGAAAGCGAGAAUCCUCAGGUUGUUGCUUGCCGCGGAGGGCCAGGAGAGGCAGGAACACUGGGCCAGGCGCCGCUUGGUUUUGGGCAGGCCGCUGGUCUACCUGGCCGCCGCGUACGGGAUCCUCGCCAACGUCAAGGUGCUCCUGGCGGCGGGGGCUGACGAGACAGAAACAGACCCCGACGGAUAUGCCGCGCCGGAAGUAAUUGGAGGCCAACUGCCGUCGGGUACGCUGGAUCCGCUGGAGGCUGCGGCCAUCGGUCGAGAGCUGCAGCGGGGCCCGGCGUACCGCGCCCGCUCGUGGGCCUGGCCGGUCGGGGAGGAUGCCCCUGUGGCUGGUGAUGCUGGUGCUGCUGGUGCUCUGCGGGGUCUUGAGAUCACCACGAUAAAGAGGGCGACUCUAUGCGGAAAGCUUGUUCAAAGGUAUUGCCAGAAGUUGUAGGGUCAACAACAGGAGAUGACGUUCGCGCUACCGAGAAGAAUACCUCUGCUUGCAGAGGAUGGAAAGCAGGACUUGUGCGAAGGAGGCGAUAGAGCGCCUCCUUCUAUCUCUGUUCUUCUCGUGUUCUGCCCUACGACCGUGUCCGCUUAUUUACCUGGUUUCUUGGGAAUCAGCAAGGUUCUGAUUCGCUCUUCGGGGGCCCCUGUGUUCGUUGGGAGACGCGCAGCUGCAACGAUUUCAUGCGUUUAUGUAUGAGUUGAGUUUUUCUGUACGAUCGGCUUGCGUGUUUUGUGGCUUUGACAGCAGCAGCGCCUCCUUCUAUUCUCUAUUCUUCUCGUGCUCUGCCCUAAGACCGAGUCCGCUUCUUUAUGUGGUUUUGCUUGAAUUGCCAAAGGUUCUGCUUUGCUCUUCGGGGUUUCCCGUGUUCGGUGGGGGACACGGCCCCGAACACAAUUUUUGUGUUCCGUACUCCAGAGCAUCAGUUGAGUGUGUGUGUGCAACCAUCUAAAGUGUUUUGUGGCUUUGACGACAGCAGCAGCGCCUCCUUCUAUUCUCUGCUCUGCUCGUGCUCUGCCCUAUGGCCGAGUCCGUUUAUUUUUCUGGUAUACUUGGAAUCGCGAACGGUUCCGCUUUGCUCUUCGGGGUUCCCUGUGUUCGUUUGGAGGCACUCCAUUUUUCAGGUCAUGAUGUGUUGAUCAGUUCAGCAGUUCUGCACGAUCAUCUUGUGUUUUUUUUGGCGUUGAUGUACGAUUUGAACGGAGUUGUAUGCAUUGUAACGGACGACAGUGUUAUGCUUUUGAGAUGGUCACUUCGGCCACACCACGUGUCUCCGCAGCCAACACGUUUGCCUCAAGCGAGGAUGCAAACCCAUGUCUGUACACUGCAUGCGCUCCAUGGGUCUGUAGACCUGUAAGUCCGCCUGCGCCGUCCGUUCUGGUGUUUUCUGCUUCAAAUCGCUUGUUCCCAAUAUCGAUGUGUUCGGCUCGCGCUGUUCGCUGUGGUUGAGGGGCCACGCUUGCGUUUCGCUUCGUUGUGUUUGGAUAUGCUAACCAUCGGGAAUCGAAGACAAUUGCCU